GACUACAUAAAAACCUAGGGUGCAAUUUGAAAGACCUUUAUUAUAUAUACCCUAAUAAUAGUGACCACUGUUUCCAACUGCAUGUUUCUAUCUUUUGCUAUUUCUCGGUAAGGGCAAUAUGAAACUACGUGAAUUAUGGUGGAAUGGUGUGGACAGGUGACAAAGAGAAUAACUCCAGACACUGGCACAUGGAAGAAUUGGAAUUGGAGAUCAGAGGGCGACCUGAUGUUGAACGGAGCGUACUUCACACCAUCUGGGCGUGGGGCUGGGGCCAGCUAUGCCAGGGCCUCAAGCUUAGGAGCCAAGUCCUCUUCCAUGGUUGGCUCUAUCACUUCUAGUGCCGGUGUUCUCUCCUGUCGCAGGGGCUCGCGCUGUUGA